GUCCGUUAGGCUUAACUCUUCUGCAUUUCCGUUUAUGAGAUGCCAACUCAAGCUGGAAUAUGUGUGAAGAUACGACUUGCCGUUAGUAAGCCCAACAAUCUGUUCAGUUAUUUAUUAUCAUUCUUCUUUUCGUAAGAACUUUCUCUUUUUAAAUCUUUAAUGCUGUGAAGCUGUACAAUCAAGUUUUAAAAUAUGGAUGUACCAUCUGAGUACAGAGCUUCAAAACCAAGCCAAAAAAGACGACCAAAGGGAACAAAAGCAGCUGCUACUGCUGCACCGCCACCACAGCCAUCUCCUUAUUUUAAUGACUUUGCAGCACAGAAUCAGCAGCAGUAUAUGUCAAAUCUUGGGCAACCCGAUAUGUUUUAUGGCGGACAGGGAUAUGGGCCAUCAGGAUAUGGAGGUACACAGUUUCCGGGGCAGCAACUGUUAAAUGAUCCAGUGGCCAAUAUGGCAAUGCAGUACGGCCAGUCUUUAGCUGGACAAGGAAAAGAUUUAGUACAAAAAAAUUUAGAAAACUAUGUUACUUCUUCCAAACUCAAAUACUAUUUUGCUGUAGAUACAGCGUAUGUUGGAAAAAAACUUGGUUUAUUAUUUUUUCCUUAUACCCAUUCUGACUGGUCAAUACAUUAUAAUCAGGAUGAACCUGUUGCUCCAAGAUAUGAAAUAAAUGCUCCUGACCUGUACAUCCCAGUGAUGGCAUUUGUAACCUAUAUAUUGGUUGCUGGUAUGGUAUUAGGAACACAAGGAAGAUUUACACCUGAGCAGCUGGGUGCACAAGCAAGCUCUGCCUUAGUAUGGUUAAUAAUUGAGAUGGUUGGAUUUACCUUGAGUUUAUACAUCCUAAACUUAAAUACAGACCUAAAGUAUCUUGACAUUAUAGCUUACUGUGGAUACAAGUUUGUUGGAAUGAACUGUAGUUUACUUGCUGGAGUGGCAUCAAACACAACAGUGUACUACUUUGUCUUGUUGUGGUUUUGUAUUUCACUGGUGUUCUUUCUGAUGCGCACUUUGAGGGUUCAAGUGAUGCCUCACCAAACUGAUGAUGGUUUUACAAAGGGGGCUAAACGGAGUCUGUAUCUUAUUCUAUCUGUUUCAUUGGCUCAACCACUUUUGAUGUGGUGGCUCACAAGUUAUGUCAUGAUCUUCAAAUGAAGCUGUUUAUUUAUAAAGCUGGUUUAGUCAAAAACCUAAAGAUAAUUACUGGGAAUAUUUGUAGUAAGUAAACUAGGGACAAUUUACAGAUUUGCUGAAUGUGGCACUUAAUUUAGAGAUAAAUAAAUUAUGUUCUUUAUAAUAGUUCAAAUAUAUCUGAUCAGAAUUGUAAAGAGCUGAGAAAAUUGAGAUUCUGCUAUUCCAAUGUUGUUCAUCUCAAAAGCAGAAUUAAUUGUAUAUUUGGAGUUUACUUUUUAAACAGCAACAAACGAACAAGAAACUGUUACAACCAACACCAGCUCUGCUAAUGGCUACACAUAAGUUACUGAACCUUAGUUGAAAAACUUUUUAAAGCUGUAAAAAUUUGCUGAAAAUGUCAUUUUUUGCAUGCAAAAUGAUUUAUAUGCUAAUAAUGCAUUAUCUUAACUCACUGUCAGUAAAUUUUGUGGCCUUUUUUUAACCAUUUAAAUUGGUGUACUGUAAAAUAAACAUUCACUCUAUAAACUCAG